AUGGUUGCCGCACAGUUCGAACUCUCGCCAAAGUGGCUCUCAAAGGCCCUGGGCUUCGACGUGGUCGGGGCCAGGCCUGUCCGGAUCGGAACUGGCCAAAUCGGCGAGGUAUAUCGCAUCGAGCUCGAGUAUGGCGUAAAGACGCGAGCAGGACCGGCUUCGGUGGUGGCGAAAAUGGCAUCCCUCGACGCGGACUGCAAGGCUUUCGGGCUCAGUUCUGGUCUGUACCAGCGAGAAGUCCGGUUCUACCAAGAGGUGGCCCCGCUGAUGACGACGGGGCCCAUCCCGACUGUUUAUCGGGUAGAAAGGGACGAAGAGUCCGGGGAGUUUGUCAUCCUGAUGAGUGACAAUGCUGGGAGAGUGGGCAGCGACAUCAGCGGAGCAACGCUUGAGGAGGCCAGCUUGGCCAUGUCGGAGCUGGGAAGACUCCACGGGUUGAUCUUGAACCAUGUGUCUGUGGAGAAGCACGGCUGGAUGAGGAGGACAAGACCAUGGGCGCCGACCGAGAAUAUGGUCGAGUAUUGGAAACGGUUUAAGGAGCGAUACGGAGAUCGCAUCAAGCCAGAACACCGCGAAAUCGGCCAGAAAUUCAUCGACAGCUUCGAGGUGUACCAUGCCGCCCUGGAUGCCUCUUCCGCCCCUACGGGGCUCGUCCAUGGAGACUACCGACUCGACAAUAUCCUGUUCGGAGACAGCAGAGGCAUGCCGUUGACCCUGGUGGACUGGCAGACGUGCUAUUGGGGACCUAUUCUUCACGACCCAUCGUACUUCUUGGGCCUAGCCGUAACGCCCGAGUUUCGCCGUGAGCACGGAGAGGGGCUGUUGAAGAUAUAUCAAGAGGCGCUCUCUGCAAGUUCCCCGUACCCGAUCAGUAUCCAUGAAUGCAAGGCGGGGGUCCGAAUGCACAGCUUUACAGGAAUGCGUCAAGCCAUCACGGCGGCUAGUCUGGUUGAGAGGACAACUCGAGGAGACGAUCUGUUCCUGACCAUGUUCGAACGGAGCUGUGAACACGUCGUCGAUACAAAGGCGCUUGAGGUGCUGCCACCACCGGUUCCUGUCCCCCAUCUAGAGCCGAAAGAGUUGGACGAAGAGAUGCAUCCGUUCAGUGACCAUCCCCUUCACAACGAGAGCUGGUAUUUCGACGUGGUCGACAUAGACCAGCAAGUCGGAGUGUGGGUGAGACUCGGGGUCAUUCCAAACCAAAGCGGCUCGUGGUACCACGCGUUGAUCUGUGGGCCUCACAUACCCACAGUAGGAGUCAUCGACUUCGAAGCACCACAUCCAGCAAAGGACCUGGUUGUUCAUGGUAGAGAAUACACGGCCACCCAUGAAGCCGAAGUGCCUCUCCAGAAAUAUCGCACCACUGUGAAGGGGAAAGGAGUGGCAUUCGACGACCCGGCGGCAAUCUUGCAGGGUGGCGACGGGCGACCCGUUGAUGUCCAGAUGGAUCUCUUCUUCGAAACCGACGGACAGCCAUAUCAGUGGCGCCGAGCCACCAGAUAUGAGAUCCCCUGCAAGGUCACCGGCACCUUCUCGUGGGACGACCAUUCAUUCACCUUCACCAAGGCUAGAGGCCAGCGGGACCAUUCCUGGGGUCCUCGAGACUGGUGGGCCGCCGACUGGGUGUGGACUGCAUUCCACCUUGACGACGGUACUCACAGCCACCUCGUGCAUGCCAAAGCUCGAGGAGGAGAUUAUCCCCACCUUGGUGUAGGGUAUGUCCAGAAAGAAGGAGAGCCCCUGGUCGAAAUGACUGAUGUCAAAGCAGCAGCUGAGAUGGCAGCCAACGGCUUGGGCGUGUCAACGACCAUCACAAUGGCUCCUCUGCCACUCACCUUCUAUGUGAAACCUAUCGGACAUGCUCCUCUCUGUCUCAUGGCGAAAGACGGGCGAGUUGCCAAAUUUCCACGCUCUUGGGCUACAAUCACCACUAACGAUGGUCGCAAAGGUGUUGGUUGGCUGGAGUGGAACAUCAACGAGUGA